AUGAAAUGGGCGAUUCACAUAAUUCUAUGCUUCCGAUUCAACUUUUUGGUAAAUGCCGACGAAAAUGAAGGAAAACGUGAGAUCACUUUGGAGCAAAAUCAUGUAAUUCACGAACAUUGAGAAAAAUUACAAUUUUUACGAAUUUACAGCCAAUUUUCCGGAUCUCAGCUUCACUAAAGGUCCCAUGUAAUGAAUCAAUGUGCACCGGACCAUUAGCCGAAAUUUAUUGCCACGGACCCAUUCUGAUGAACGCGUGGCAAUUUGGCCUACAGAAAACGUGUCCUGGAGACAGGUUAUUGAUUCCAGCUGAGGAUGUGUACGCGAAUUUUAAAAAGUCGGUUGAUUUUACUUGAACAAAUGUAUAGAAAGACGAUUUUUCAGAUUGAAGUAUCCAAUUUUGAGAGAUGAUUUUGAAGCAUUUUGUAAAGAAAAUUUUGAGGAGAGGGGUUAUUUACAAAUUGCCGAUUUGAAAGAUUGGACGGCCGACCCAAAAUUUCUUGAGCAAAUAGCGAACGUGAAUCACCGGCAAGUUUAAUCGAUCAAUAUCAUGUUUUGUUUCUAAAUCAGGCUUCAGAAAGUUGUCGAAGGAGCUUCACGACCGAUGGAAGAGAUUGGCACGUGUAUUCACGCAAGAUGUGCUACAAAACCCCGACAUGUACCCACUAAUACCAGUUGACAAGCCGUUUAUCGUGCCCGGCGGACGAUUUGAUGUUUAUUUCUAUUGGGACACGUAUUGGAUAGUCAAAGGAUUACUGGUCUCGGAAAUGUUCGACACUGUCAGAGGGAUCAUUGAUAAUUUUUCGAGUUUGGUGGAUAAACUCGGGUACAUUCCGAAUUCCGGAAAUAUUCAGUGAGUGUUUUAGUUUUGUCGUGAAAACAUGAUCUUAUGAGCUCUUUGAAACUCAAAAUUGCACGCUAUGUUCUGAAAAACACACUAUGAACACAUGCUUCAUAGAAACACACAUAAUAUAUGUUUUGUAGACUUACCCGCCGCUCACAACCACCUCUGUUUGGUCAUAUGAUUUGGGAAUAUACUAAAUCUACCAGGAAAUACAAUGCUGAAUGGUUGCCAAGAAUGAAGAAAGAAGUUGAGUUCUGGGAGAAGAAUCGGACGAUAUCGAUAGGUAACUACAACAUGUUUGUGUACAAAGUAGGAGCUUUUUUCUGCCAUUUACAUACGUUUUUCCAUUAGUAGACAGCUACAAACUGUCCCAGACCGGAAAACUUUCUGGCUGAUUACAACCUCGGAAUCCAGACAUCAGACCCCGCUACAGUUUGGCGGUCAAUCUCAUCUGCAUGUGAAAGUGGUUGGGAUUUCAGUUCUCGGUGGAUGCAUCAUGAUAAUUCUUCCGGUUAGUUUGACUUUUUUUUUAAUUCCAAUGUUUGAGACGUUUAAUAUUUCAGCUGAUCUAUCAAGUUUGCAUACUGACAAAAUUGUGCCAGUUGAUUUGAAUGUGAUAAUUGCUAACAACUAUCGGUACUUGGCGGCUUAUUACGAUUACUUUGGCCGUUUUGAGUAUGAUUCACACUGUUCCUUCAAAAUGUUAUAGUCAAUUUCAGUGAAUCAGCAAUAUACAGGGAAAAGUUUGAGAAACUCUCCGAAGCAAUUGGUUCUGUACUAUGGGAUGAACAACAAGGUGCUUGGUUUGACUAUGAUUUACUGGCCAAGAGAAAAAAGUGAGUUUGAACUUGAAUACCGAUCACAAAAACAUCAUUUUCCAGUCUGAAUUUCUACCCAUCCAAUCUCUACCCCUUGAUGAUACCUGGAUUUGAGAAGUACUCCUCAAAAGUGGAAAACUACGUGAGAAACUGUGGAGCACUGGAUUUUCACGGAGGCAUUCCAUCAAGUCUCCCCGCUCAGUCGACUCAACAGUGGGAUUUUCCGAAUGUUUGGGCUCCAAACCAACAUUUCGUUGUGAACAGUUUCUUAUCCUCUAAUAGCAGUUAUUUGCAACAAGUGAGUUGUUAUUCGGAAGAUCUAUAUUAGUAAAAUAAUUAUUUUUAGAAAGCCCGUGAGCAAGCUCUUAUGUUUAUCGAAUCCGUUUUCAAUGGAUUAUACAAUCCCAUAGAUGGAAAUGAAGGAGGAAUUUGGGAGAAAUAUGAUGCCAGAACUACAGCCGGUCGGCCUGGAUCUGGAGGAGAAUACUCGGUAUACUGUUCUCGUGGAACUAUUGCUGAAAAGUGCAAUUAUUUCAGGUGCAAGAAGGGUUUGGCUGGACCAAUGGAGCUGUUCUAGACCUCAUCUGGGCGUUUAGAACUCAUGGCCGUAACGAUAACAGUGGAACGGAAGAAUUGACGCUGAAUAACAGUCAACACGCUACAAUUGUCUACGUCGCCAUCUCAUUUUGUGCUCUUGUUGCUAUUAUAGUUCUACUGAAGGGAAUAAUCUGUUCAACUCGAAGAUAUGAAGAGUUGAUUGACGAUAGGGAUGCAGAGGAAAGGUUGAUUGAAAGUAAUAAUGAUUAUGACGUGUGACUUUUCUUUUUUUACUUGUUGAGACUGAUGUAUAUUGCUAUUAAGAUUGUAUGAGUGAAAAUUAUUAAAACGUGACAUACUUGCCAAUGUUUCCAAUCAAUUCCAGCUCAGAUCAAUGUUACCGCAAAAUUAGGAGUUUCGUCGCAACCAAUAGUCUUUUUUCAAGAUUACAGAUGUUAUAACGUUCUUCGAAAAUCAACUGUAAAUUCCGACAUUACCCAUUCUUUGUGCACUGUUAAUACAUCGAUUUAAUACAGUUUGUUUAGACAUGGUGAAAAUGUGAAGAACUCUUAAAUAGAAGGAGAUCGAGCAAAACAGUCAACUGCAAUUUUUGAAAACAUAAAAUUAUCACCAAUCUGGAAGUUGGCAACAUUUCGACAUAUCUGCUGGCUAAGGAGAUACAGGCCAGAAAAACACUUUAGCGACAUCAUAACUGUCGAUCACAAAUAUUCAAAGUCCCGCUAUAUCCUCGUUUACAGACCACCAGAUACCUUGCCCGAACAAACUAGCUUCCUCGUCCAGAACAUUAUCGAACUCAUUAGCUCUCGAGCCAAGGACACUUUCGUAAUCGGCGAUUUCAGUAUGGCAGGGGUACAUUGGAAUUCGACCGAUAACCGAGGAAUCCAUCCAGACUUUGCUAGAGACUCAAAUUGUGAAUUUCCCCACGCGAACUGCCGCAUCCGGUAAAUCCAAUUUUCUAGAUAUUUUACUGACCGAUUCGCCCGACAUCUGUCUUCACUGCGAGAAAAGAAGGCCUUCGACUACAACUCUUUCAGUCGAAUAAGAGAAGUUUGCAGGAAUCUCGGCAAAAGCAAAUAUGCUGCAUUGCACAAAUUCAGGGUUAUUCGGCAAAAUGGACAGCUUGCGAUCAGUGUCCGGGCUACUCGAGAGUCAAGAGCGAAUGUUGUAAGGGAUCAGGAGAUCCAGAAACCACAGGUAACCGACCCGUCUCCCAGAGAUCAAUUUUCAAUCGAGAGGGAUCGUACCUCGCCCUCUCUCACCCAGCAAGCCUUUCUCGGGCACGGACUUGGCCCUUUCACCCUUCGAUCUCAUCCCCUACAAUCUGAUCACAUUCCAGAGCGCCUUCGACUUCUAACUCGCCCACAGCGCCGCAUUCCGAUCCAGCAGCACCCUCAGAGCAACAGUUUCAUGAGAACUGGAGGAAAAGUAAGUUUGUCGUGUGUUUCAUUGACGAUUUAUUACUGUACUUGUUGUGUCCAUUCAAUUAGGAUCAACUGGUUGCCUUCCGUUUAGGUCAAACUUUGUACAAAACUGUACGACUGCUGCAUGUAGAGUAAUGUCGACGGGAUUGCAAGAAGAAAAAGAAGUUGUGAGAUGUCCACACUGACUGAAGGUGGCGAAUGUGAGUUUAUUUAUUCUCUCAAAAAGAGUGAUUCAUCUAUCAAGUAUUGUGACGUUUGCAUUCCAGCUCUAGUUAGUCCCGAAAAACACAUCGCCACAUUUUUAUUUCGUGUCCAGGUGCAUUCCUCGAAAAAAUAGCGCAUGAAACUAAAAAUCAAUAACCGUUCGGGCGCCGCGACCGCUAAAAACAGGGCGCUAACGACACUCCGUUCCCCCUUCCUCAGUUAGUCAGCCCGCACCAUUUCACAUAUUUUACUGCUUCUUGACGCAAUUUCUCAGUUUACUUCUUCGAAUAUGGUAAUUUCCAUUCAUAUUUUUUCAGAAACCAUAAAAGUACAUUUUUACCGACCUGUGACACCGUGUUACAAAAGUUUCUUCUCAAAUCGAAUUUGGCUGUCUGUGUUCUUUCGUAAGUACCAUUUUUGUUGGUGGUGAUCGGCGAAAGCAGUGGACGCAGACAGUCAAAACAUAAUAAGGCCCGCUUGUUUAUAGUAGCCCGCUUCGGGUUUUUACACAAGAGUUUCAAAAAAAGUGAAAAAAUUGUUUGUUUACAGGAUCUCAAUAUCGAAUUGGAUCGUGCGAAAGAGCAGAUCGAGGAAAUGAUGAAUACGCUCACAAAGAAAAAACAAGAGUUGAGCAGCAGCGAGCGCGAAGCUACGUCUUUGAGAUUUGCGUUGAAUAACACGGAGCGGCAGCUUGGACAAAUGCAGGACAACUUCCGGACGGAAAAAAACUCGACCAUGAGAUACAUCUACGAACUCCGCCGAUUGAACAAUGAAAUGAAGGUUCUUCAAAAAGAGCGAGAUGACGCGGUGCUUCUCGUAGACCAGACCAAGAAAGCUGGAGAUGGAGAGAAGAUCAUCAAACUCACUCAGCAAGUGGAACAACUGGCUGCUCAGCUGGAAAACCAGAGAAUUCACACGUUUUUCCAAGCUCAAGAGAUCGAGAAGAAGAAGGCUGACGCAGUUGAGAUGGAGAAAGAGCUUGGAAUGUUCCAGGGCAGAGCUCUAACAGCGGAGUAUGCCUAUACCACGGCCGUGGCUCAGAUUGCUCAACACCAAGGACAACUUUCCAUGCUCCGCCAGCAGCUCGAAAACAGCCACCACCACGCUAUUGGCAACCAGCUGGAGAUACAGCAGAAGAACGCUCUGAUUGAUGCUGCGGCCAAGGAGCGAGAAAGCGCAAGAACUAAUUGUGAUGAGCUGACGCUGUACAAGCUCGAGUCCGAGCACCUCCGAAGCGAGCUCGAAGAGGCAAGACGACAAAAGGAGGAGAUGAGCCGGGCAAUGUUGAUGCUCGAAGCGGACCGAGCGCGGCUGGUCUCUCAGCUCAAUUGCAGAAAGGAGACAAAGAAGACGACGAAGAACAGCAAAGAGGGAUCGCAGUGGGACGAAGGAGAAGAAGAAGACGAUGAUUCGAUGAUGGCUUCGGAGAAUAACGUGAGUCUACCUUUUCAUUGCCUGCGGGCGUCGUUAUCAGACUGAAGCCGACUUAUUUUGAUUAUCACUUGACAGUUGUUGUACCUGAAACUGUGUUUUUCAAGUUAACAAGUUCUCUCGAAGCUUCUGAGCAGAAACAUGGAAAAAAAUAACUUUUCUGAUACACUAUUGGUUUGAUAAAUGAAAGUUUAAGACGUGUGCCCCUGAACACGCUACAAAUUACUAUUUUCAUUGCAGACUGAGAGCGCUUUCGGGAGACAAAUUUGGCACUCCUGA